AUGGAUUCGUUUGUCAUGGCCUUGAUUCUGUUCCUCAUUGGCGUUCAUAACGGAACUUGUCAAUCAUCUACCUGCCAUGCGCAGUGUGAUUACGACCACGUGACUGCAAGGGCCGACUGCUCUUCCCGUAAUCUGACCUGUAUCCCCGUCAACUACCCAGACCCUCUCAUCAUGGAUCUCAGCCACAAUGCCAUAUCGGUACUUGACGACUUCAGUACCGGGACAUUUACAAGGUUGGUUGAGCUGUACCUUGACUACAACGACAUUCGUAGGUUUUCCAUCAGCGUACACGAGGCACCUCUUCCGUCACUGAUAAGUUCGCAGUUCAACCGAAUUCGUAACGUCCGAUUACAUUACCACCCUAGGUUGUUUCGUUCUAGUGAGCCUCUUGAUUUGAAAUUAGAUAAUAAUGAAAUCGAAAGUGUCGAUACAGAAGUAUACUUAAAUGGUGAUAUUAAAAAUGUAUUGAAAUUAUCCUUAAGCCACAACCGACUUCGAUACUUCCGUUCAACGGCAGUCUGGGAGGAGGUUAAUAUGUCUAGCAACGGAUUACGGGCUUGGGAACGGAUCAGCUACUUUAUUGAGGGUCAUGCACGGAUUGACCUCAUGAAGAAACUGGACAUAAGCAAUAACUCCUUUGAUUCCCUGAUACAACCAGAUUGGGCAGAAGGUCUUCAGAUCUUAUACGCUGAUGACAACAUACUGCCCAACCUGUCCUCUACAACCCUACAAGGAUUCAUCAACCUGACGGAGCUCCAUCUAGCAAAUAAUCGACUCGUGUUCAUCUCAUCAACCGCUCUGAGUCAACUCACUAAGCUACGGUCUCUGUAUCUCGAUGGCAACGUCCUGACGUCAUUGUUUGGUGGCAUAUUCCUCAACCAAACUGACCUAGUGGAAAUUUCCAUCACAAACAACCAACUCUCCGAGUUACAUCCGGAUUACUUCCUGGGUCUGGACUCGCUGGAACGUCUGUAUCUCGCUGGAAAUCGACUGGUUUACGUGAAAUCAGAGAUGUUUCGGCAAAUGCCUGGCCUCAUCACUAUGGACUUCUCUAAAAACACAAUAACUGUCUUUGACAUCACAAAUUGUAGCCUCCUCAUCAACCUUCAGAACGUCCUGCUAGCUCACAAUUCCAUUCAUGACAUGAGUUACAUACUUGGUCAUUGCGAUAACUUGGUUGUUAUGGACUGGAGUUUCAAUCAGAUCCAAGUAGUUCCUGGUGGCUCUCUUACUGAGGGAAACAGAGCGCUAUCGAGACUUGAGCUUGAAGGCAACCCGCUCCAGUGUGACUGCCGGUUGACGGGUCUACGUGACUGGCUUCUCAACAAUCCCCCGUCUGUUCUCCCUCGAUGUCAAGGUCCGCCGCAGAACUCAGGAGCAGUGGUUUCAGACUUGGACAUCCAUGAUUUCAUCUGUGAUCCUCCGAAGGCAGUGACUAACGCGAACCAUCUUAACGUGAUAGUCGGUCAGGCAGCGACUCUCUCAUGCACAGCGACCGGUAUACCCAUUCCCAACAUAACAUGGUUGAACCCCAACAGUACGGUGAUACCAGACAAAUGGCAGGACAGAUAUUUCUUUUCAAGAGGCAUGACUUUGCACAUCAUUGCAGUUGAACUAUCUGAUCGAGGAAUGUACACGUGUAUGGUCCAAAACAUCCUGGGUGAAUUUGACAGAGUGGUGGUCAAUCUGACUGUUUCCGCAGAACUGAAAUCAACACACGCUAGCGUCUCUUUGGCUGCGGCUGUUCUCCCCACCAUGUUUAUCACCCUAAUUGUCACACUCGCUGUCGUCGCCUUGGUCAUCUCUCUCCGUCGUCGUUAUAAGAAGAAAGAUCAUUGUACUUCAGCAGUGGAAGGGGUCAGGGGUGGUUCAAGGCUUUCGGUUGGUUUCCGUAAAACUGUAUCUACCAGAUCAGACGAAGGCUACGUCAACGAACCCAUCGAGGGUGAGUACAUGACACCUACCUGUAAGGAGGACACUGGGGAGGAAUACGAGGAACCAUCUACGGCAGCUGGACAUCCUUCUGGAAGAUACCAGAGGCACCUCAAGGUCAUCCCAUCAGCAGAGAUGGACGAUGCCGACGUCUACGAACCAGUCAACAUCGGUGGCGAAACAUAAGAAGUUGACAAACCUACAGUUUUCAAACUUUGGAGGAAAACCCAAAACAAUAAUCUGAAGAAACCAGAAUAACGUAGGGACUGAAAAAUCUAAUCACUUGU